UGGUUUUAGUUUUAGUUGCUUUAUUGGCAUAACAAAUAUUUGUAUAUUCAUAUUGCCAAAACAUUGCAGCGUUGCUAUUCUCUCUCUCUCUCUCUAUAUCUCUCUCUCUCUCACACACACACACACACACACACAUUUAGAGCGUCACUAAUGUGCUAAUCACAUCCAGGCCUGGGCAAGUUUUGAGUAUCACUAGAACUGAAUGCUCAUGUGUUGGUAGUGUGUGUGUGUGUAUGUAUGUGUGUGUGUGUGUGUGUGUGUGUGAGGGAGAGAGAGAGAGAGAGAGUGAGUGAGUGUGUGUGUGUGUGUGUUGGUAAUGUGUGAAUCAGUGUUGUGUGUGUGUGAGAAAGAGAGUGAGUGUGUGUCAGUAUGAAUUUGUUCUCAGUUGUUUGGUUGUGGGAUGGUAAUGAGGUCAGAGAAGCUCCGCCCAGUGGGAGGAGUCAGUGAGACAUCAGUCAGCUCUGGAUCAGAUGAGUCUGUCUCUCUCAGGAGCUCCUGCUUCAUGCUCCUCAGUUUCUGUGAGAGGAGACACCUGGAAACAUCUCUGACUGACUGCUGCCUGUCCUUCCUCUCUCUCUCACACACACACACACACUCUCUCUCUCUCUCUCCGGAGGGAUUCCAGACAGCAGAGUUUCCUGCAGCGAGUGAAUGGGUCCAGGAUCAGAUGAUGUGGCUCCGGACUCUCCUGCUGCUCGGCCUCGUGGGACGUCUGCUGGACGAGUGUUCUGGACAUUCCUCUGAGGAUGAGGAUUAUUACAUGCAGGAGCUCUUGAGUCGGGAACAUUACCAGCACGUCUCUGAGAACGGAGCCGCUCCCACACCAGCCACUGGGAAGCAGCCCAAAACCAGGUCAGCUGCUUCCAAACCAGCAGGCGGAUCUGAUUCAGCACCAGUGAAAAGUGGAAGCAAAAAGAGUGAGAAGAACAAGAAAGCAGUGAAAGGCAGCAGUGGCGGGGACGCUCUGAUCUCUGAGAGCAGCGACUGUCCUCCGCUGGGUCUGGAGACGCUGAAGAUCGAUGACUUUCAGCUCCACGCUUCCAGCAUGAGACACUACGGUCUGGGGCCGCACAGGGGCCGGCUCAACAUCCAGGGCGGUCUGUACGAGGAUGACCUGUUUGACGGUGGCUGGUGUGCAGGACGGAAUGAUCCACUGCAGUGGUUCGAGGUGGAUGCUCGCAGGCUCAUGAAGUUCACCGGUGUCGUGACUCAGGGACGGAGCUCACUCUGGUCGAGUGAUUGGGUGAGCUCGUAUAAAGUUCUGCUCAGUAAUGACUCUCACAGCUGGGUGACGCUGAAGAACGGCUCCAGAGAUCUGAUCUUCAGCGCGAAUCGAGAAAAGGAGAUUCCUGUUCUCAAUGUCUUCCCCAAACCCGUGGUGGCCCGUUACAUCCGCAUCAACCCACGCUCCUGGUACGCCAGCGGCGGCAUCUGCAUGCGUGUGGAGAUCAUGGGCUGCCCGAUGCCAGAUCCAAACAAUUAUUAUCGGCGACGAAAUGAAGUGACCACGACAGACAACCUGGACUUCAGACACCACAGUUAUAAGGAGAUGAGACAGCUGAUGAAGGUGGUGAAUGAAAUGUGUCCAAACAUCACACGCAUCUACAACAUCGGCAAGAGCUACAACGGACAGAAGCUCUACGCCAUCGAGAUCUCAGACAACCCUGGAGAACAUGAGCUCGGUGAGCCAGAGUUCCGCUACACGGCUGGUUCCCACGGUAACGAGGUCCUGGGCCGCGAGCUGCUGCUGCUGCUCAUGCAGUUCAUGUGUCAGGAGUAUCUGAGCGGAAACACACGCAUCCGGCGGCUCGUGGACCAGACACGCAUCCACCUGCUGCCCUCCAUCAACCCCGACGGCUACGAGAAGGCCUCCGAAAUGGGUUCGGAGCUCAGCGGCUGGUCUCUGGGCCGCUGGAGUCAGGACGGUCUGGACAUCCAUCACAACUUCCCUGACCUCAACUCGGUUCUCUGGGAAGCAGAAGCCCGGAAAUGGGUCCCGCGCAAAUUCCACAACCACCACGUGCCCGUCCCGGACUGGUACCGCUCCACAAACGCCACCGUGGCGGUGGAGACACGUGCUCUGGUGUCAUGGAUGGAGAAGAUCCCGUUUGUGUUGGGAGGAAACCUGCAGGGUGGAGAGCUGGUGGUGACGUUCCCGUUUGACCGCACGCGCUCAGUGACGGUGCUCCGCGAGGCCACGCCCACCGCUGAUGACCACGUGUUCCGCUGGCUGGCCUUCUCCUACGCCUCCACUCACCGGCUCAUGACCCACGCCAGCCGCAGGGUGUGCCACACCGACGACUUCGCCAAGGAGGACGGCACCAUCAACGGAGCCUCGUGGCACACGGCUGCAGGAAGUAUGAAUGACUUCAGUUACCUGCACACCAACUGCUUCGAGCUCUCCAUGUACGUGGGCUGUGAUAAAUUCCCACACGAGACCGAACUACCGGAGGAGUGGGAGAACAACCGUGAAUCACUGCUAGUCUUCAUGGAGCAGGUG